CGCUGGGCGAGCGCGGCGCGGCGCGGCGGCCCCGCGAGUGCUGCAGUGAGGGAGGCGAGGAGGGGGGUGAGAGAGAGAGAGAGAGCGAGGCAGAGCGCGGCUCCAACUGUUGAAUUUUCACUGAAUUCUCCACUUACCUGCGGGCGGCUGGUGAAAUGGAUCUGGUUUAUCGGGGAUCGGCGUUCGCUCCGCGUGCUGCCUGGCUAAGACUGGCGACCGUCUGUUUGCAAGGGGCCACCCAUCAAUGAGGCAGAGAAGAAUAAUUGUUUUUUCUUCUUUUGCGUUUGAAAGCCUCCCUGCCACACGUUGCAGAAUUAACUGUGUACUUUGGGUCCGGACUCAAAUAAAGGAGAAAAAACAGUGCAGAACUGAGACUCGGAACUAGAUCUGUGAGCAAUGUAUUGGAAACCUAUGUUUUUAUUGCGGUUUUUUUUUCCUUUUAAUGUGAAAGAUCUCUGAUAUAUUUCACACAUAACACUGAGGAAAGGUGGUUAAAAACACUCAGCAAAGCAGGAGACAGACGCGCCUCUGUGCCAGUGAGUGGAUAACAGCCUUGUUUUCCUGAUCCUCAGUCUCCCGGAGAAAGAGGAAACAGUGAUCCAGGGUGUACGAGACAGAGAGGGGGGAAAUACCGACGGCAGCGAGAUGCAGCUCUCCGCCGCAAGCAAUGCAAGAUUAGAUCUCUAAAUGCAGCAAAACACUCCCUGAAAACCAACAACCCCGCGGUGCAAUCAGACAUUUCACUGCCGCUCACUGCACACGAAGAGGGCUUCAACAACAAGCUGAGACUUUUUUUUUUCCCCUUCUGUCUCUCUCCUACCCCUCCACUCCAUCAAUCGCAUCACAAGCGAUGAGUAGCAAAUAAGCUUUUUUACCUCUGCUACAGACCUGUGGCCAUCCCCUUCUUCUAUGUAUGUAUAAAUACACAUAUUUAAGAAAUAUUUCUGAUCGUUUUCAGAACAACAACCACUGCCGCCGUUUUUUUAUUAUUGUUAUUAUUUUUAUUAUUCUUUGUACAUCUGCGGGGAUUCAAGGAUCGGGAACACAUCGCCUGCCCGGAGGAGAGGAUCUUUUGCAAAUUUUCUGAUUUUUGAAACCCUCCCACUGCCGAAGUUGGACAGACGAAGUAACUGCGAAGGGACUGUAAGCACGGCAAGCUCUUGCUGAAACGCUGCCGAAGCUGCUCCCUCCCCUCCCCCCGACCCCCCCGAUUGCUCCCUCCCUCUGAGCUACAUGGUCUAUUUGCUGCCUCUCAUCCUGUGUCUCUGCAGAUGUUUUAGAGCAACAGGUUCAGGAACUUGAAAUAUAGGGGUGGGGAAAGAGAAGGGAAAAAAAUAAUCAAAACCAAAAAGAAAGGAAAGAAAGAGCCGUCAGAGGAGGAAGAGCAACCCCAGCUCAGGAGGCAAAGAAGACGGGGACAACCCUGGUCGUCGCUGCUGCUCCUGCCGCCCCCACCCCGGCUCGGGGAUGUACCUUUCCAUUUGUUGCUUCUUCUUCUGCUGGGCUCCCGCCCUGUCGCUGAAGAACCUGAAUUACUCGGUGCCGGAGGAGCAGGGAGCGGGCACGGUCAUCGGGAACAUCGGGCGCGAUGCGCGGCUGGCGGCAGGCGCGCCGGGAGGCGGGAUGCUGCCCGCGGAGCGUGGCGUUCCCGGCGGCGGCCCCGGGGGCAGCCGCGGCCCCAAGUCCACCUUCCGGGUGCUGGAGAAUUCAGCCCCGCACCUCCUGGACGUGGACGGGGAGAGCGGGCUGCUCUACACCAAGCAGCGCAUUGACCGUGAGGCGCUGUGCCGGCGCAGUGCCAAGUGCCAGCUGUCCCUCGAGGUGUUCGCCAAUGACCAGGAGAUCUGCAUGAUCAAAGUGGAGAUUCAGGACCUGAACGACAACGCACCAUCAUUCCCCUCUGACCAAGUGGACAUGGACAUCUCUGAAAAUGCUGCACCAGGCACCCGCUUCCCCCUCACCAGCGCCCACGACCCAGAUGCUGGGGACAAUGGUCUGCGCACCUACCUGCUCACUCGUGACGACUACGGCCUCUUCUCCCUCGAUGUGAAGUCCCGUGGUGAUGGCACAAAGUUUCCAGAGCUGGUCAUCCAGAAGCCAUUAGACCGUGAGGAGCAGAGUCACCACACCCUGGUGCUGACAGCAUUGGAUGGUGGUGACCCACCACGCUCAGGCACGGUGCAGAUCAAUGUGCGCCUCAUUGACUCCAACGACAACAGCCCCAUCUUUGAGGCAGCCUCCUACGUGGUAGAGCUGCCAGAGAACGCGCCACUAGGCACGGCAGUCAUCGACCUCAAUGCCACUGAUGCCGAUGAGGGUACCAAUGGAGAGGUGCUCUACUCCUUCAGUGGCUACGCACCUGAGCGCGUCCGUGACCUGUUUAGCAUUGACCCACAGAGCGGCCUCAUCCGUGUCAAGGGCAACCUGGACUAUGAGGAGAGUGGCCUCAUUGAAAUUGAUGUCCAAGCUCGGGACCUGGGGCCAAAUCCCAUCCCUGCUCACUGCAAGGUCACUGUCCGCCUCAUUGACCGCAACGACAAUGCUCCCACCAUUGGCUUUGUCUCUGUUCGCCAGGGAGCUCUGAGUGAGGCUGCCCCACCAGGCACUGUCAUUGCCCUGGUGCGGGUGACCGACCGAGACUCGGGCAAGAACGGGCAGCUCCAGUGCCGGGUGCUGGGUGGUGGCGGCGGGCCUGGUGCCGUUCCUUUCACCCUGGAGGAGAACUAUGACAACUUCUACACUGUGGUCACCGACCGACCCCUGGACCGUGAGACACAGGAUGAGUACAAUGUGACCAUCGUGGCGCGUGAUGGGGGCAAUCCCCCACUUAACUCCACCAAGUCAUUUUCUGUCCGGAUCCUUGAUGAGAACGACAACCCACCCCGCUUCAGCAAAAAUCUUUAUGUGUUGCAGGUGCCUGAGAACAACAUCCCUGGAGAGUACCUGGGCUCAGUCUUGGCCCAGGAUCCUGACUUGGGCCAAAAUGGGACAGUGUCUUACUCCAUUCUGCCUGGGCAUGUGGGAGAUGUCUCCAUCUACACCUAUGUCUCUGUCAAUCCUACAAAUGGUGCUAUUUAUGCUCUGAGGAGCUUCAAUUAUGAGCAGACAAAGCACUUUGAGUUCCGCGUGCUGGCCAAAGACUCGGGUUCACCCCACCGUGAAAGCAAUGCCACAGUGCGUGUCACUGUGCUCGAUGUCAACGAUAACGCACCCCUCAUUGUCCUGCCUGCCCUCAUCAACGACACUGCUGAGCUGCAGGUGCCACGCAAUGCUGGGGUGGGCUACCCCGUGGGCACCGUCCGCGCCCUGGACAGUGACUUUGGGGAGAGUGGGCGCCUCACGUAUGAGAUUGUGGAAGGCAAUGAGGAGCACCUCUUUGAGAUGGACCCCACCAGUGGUGAGAUACGCACCUUGCACCCCUACUGGGAGGAGCUCAGCCCUGUGGCUGAACUGGUGGUAAAAGUCAGUGACCAUGGCAAGCCCAGCCUCUCUGCUGUGGCCAAGCUCAUAGUCAGGGCCUUGGCAGGGCCCCUGCCCGAGGCUGGCGAGCCGCAGGUGAACGGCGAGCAGCAUCGGCGGCCGCACUGGGACUUGUCGCUGCCGCUGAUUGUGACACUGAGCACUGUCUCCAUCAUCUUGCUGGCUGCCAUGAUCACUAUUGCUGUGAAGUGCAAACGAGAGAACAAGGAGAUCCGCACCUAUAAUUGUCGCAUUGCCGAGUAUAGCCACCCUCAGCUGGGAGGAGGGGGAGGCAGUGGCGGGGGAGGAGGAGGCAGUGGCAGUGGAGGGGGCAAGGGCAAGAAGAAGAAGAUCAGCAAGAAUGACAUUAUGCUGGUGCCCAGUGAGGGCGAGGACAGCCGGGGUCCCCUCAAUGUCAUGAACGUGGUGAGCAGCCCAUCCCUGGCCACCUCACCCAUGUACUUUGACUACCAGACCCGCCUGCCCCUCAGCUCUCCCAGGUCUGAGGUGAUGUACCUGAAGCCCGCCUCCAACAACCUGACUGUACCCCAGGGACAUGUGGGCUGCCACACCAGCUUCACAGGGCAAGGGACUAACGCCAGCGAGGCUCCCCCGAGCCGGAUGUCCAUAAUUCAGACAGACAAUUUUCCCGCAGAGCCCAAUUACAUGGGCAGCAGGCAGCAGUUUGUUCAAAGUAGCUCCACGUUCAAGGAUCCAGAAAGAGCCAGCUUGAGGGACAGCGGGCAUGGGGACAGUGAUCAGGCUGACAGUGACCAAGACACUAACAAAGGCUCCUGCUGUGACAUGUCUGUUAGGGAGGCACUCAAGAUGAAAACUACUUCAACUAAAAGCCAGCCACUUGAACAAGAACAGCAAGGCAGAGGCCAAAGACCCAUUGUUGGGAUCUGUGGACCAGCCCGCUGUGAGGAUGGAAAAUUUUCAGAACAAGAAGAAUGUGUUAACUGCACAGAUGAAUGCAGAGUGCUUGGUCAUUCUGACAGGUGUUGGAUGCCACAGUUCCCUGCAGCCAGUCAGGCUGAGAAUGCAGAUUAUCGCACAAAUCUCUUUGUACCCACAGUUGAAGCUAAUGUUGAGACUGAGACAUAUGAAACUGUGAAUCCCACUGGGAAAAAGACUUUUUGUACAUUUGGGAAAGACAAGAGAGAGCACACUAUUCUCAUUGCCAAUGUUAAACCUUACUUAAAAGCCAAACGUGCCCUGAGUCCUCUGCUUCAGGAGGUUCCCUCAGCAUCGAGCAGCCCAACCAAGACAUGCAUUGAGCCUUGCACCUCAACAAAAGGACCACUGGAUGGUUGUGAAGUGAAAUCAGGAGCCUUGGCUGAAGCAAGCAGCCAGUACUUGUCAACUGACAGUCAGUAUCUAUCGCCCAGUAAACAGUCAAAGGACUCUUCCUUCAUUGCAUCAGAUCAGAUGGCUAGGGCCUUUGCAGACAUGCACUCCCGAGUGAGCCGAGACUCCAGUGAGAUGGACUCUGUUCUGGAGCAGUUAGACCGUUCAGCCCGGGAUCUAGGCAGGGAGUCGGUGGAUGCCGAGGAAGUUGUGAGAGAAAUAGACAAGCUCUUGCAGGACUGUCGGGGAAGCGACCCUGUGGCCAUCAGAAAGUGAGGGGGAAAAUAAGGACAGGCUGGCAGUUGCAUUCCUCUUCUGCUGAUUGAAAGUAAAUAAAUAAAUUCCCUGGUUGUAACAGAAUUACAGGAAUGAAGGAAGACCAAUGCUGCUUUAAGGCUUUUAGCGAACAUCUGAAGUGCCCACAAGUAUGUUCUUUUCACUGCUCUUUCUUUUUGACAGAUAACACUGGUUUCAUUUUGACCAAACUUUCAUUAGGACAGAGUCAAGUACACCAAGAACAAAAUGAAAGAUGUAAAGACAGUGCCAUUUUGACAAUCUGAUAGGAAGGUGUGAGAAAGAUGGAAUGGAAAUACGUCUGAUACUCUAAGACUGUCCUCAAUAGCUGAUGCUGACUUUACUGUUUACGUAUAAACCCCAAGAAAAACAGGGUUGAAUAAUGCUGAUCUGUGGUGCAUUUCCAGCAGCCACCACAGGCUUCUACUGAAAGUCCUAUAAAGAGUUCUUGUAGUAGUCCAAGCGACACCAAACAUUAACAUUCAUUUGUGGUAAACAUUUAUGUACAAAGUUAUCUGCCACAAAUAUGAAAUACGAAAAAAAAGAAAAAAAAAGAACAAUAAAACAAAAAGAACCAUUCCAGAUCAUUAUUCAAGAAAACAUAUCCUCAUCAUUAAUGAAACACUACAUAUCAUAUUAAGGCUAAAUGUAAAAUUAUAUAGUCCAUCUUGUCCUGCACACACAUAAGCUAAUUCACUUGAUAAAAUGAAAAAAAAAAAGAUUUUAAUAUCUAUUUAGCAUUUUAGUGUCCAACAAAGCUAUAAAUAGUUAGUGAUAAGUUAAAAAACAAAAGAAAAGGAAGUGAAAUAAGGUUUGGGGAAAAAAAGAGUUACCUUAACGGUAAUACAGAAAAUAAAUUAACAUUAUUAACACUUUUUUAUUCAUUUGUGGACACUAAAAUAGCUCAGGAAAGUGAAAAUGUCAGACAUCCACAAAAAUCACAUGGUCAUUUAAAUGUGCAAAUGUAAGAAGAUUCAGUGUGUUUACAUCAAAUGACAUAUUUUUAUUGAUUUAUUGCAGAUUCAGUGCAUAUGAGCCAAAUUGUUGAGUGUAUAAGAGCUAUAUUGUGUAUUUUAUUAAAUUAAUAUAUAGUUGUGUUGCAAAAAUAUUUGGGCUUAUAUUGUAAAUGGCAAGUGUUGCCUCAGUAGCUGUCAAACUCUAUGAGUUUUGUUUUUUCCUGCUUCCUUUUCCCCAUGGAAUAUGGGAAGCAGCGCCUCAGAGCAAAGUCUCUUGUUUAAUGUAUGGUCUACGAAGUACUGCAGUACAUAAUCUGUUCAAAAUAUGUUUGAGUGAGCUGAUGGAGCUAACUGAACGGCCUACAAAUGCAUCCAUCAGUCAUGGUUAUGUGCAAGUCCUUGUAGAAGCUUCUAUUGCAAGCCCAUGUUUAAUAAUGAAAAUUACACUCGAACCAACAUCUGGAACCUCCUUGGGUUUGGCUUUUUUUUUUCCCCCAACACAUGCAGCCAGCCUGUUCAAUGUAGGAUAUUUGAUUGAAUUCUUCAGAGAUGCCACCAUUUUAAAAGUUUUGAUAUUAAGUUUAUAGAGCUGAAAAUUAUGUCAGUGCCAAUGUGGCAUGAGCAGUAUUUUAUCUGAUUCUUUAGAAUGUGCAAUAGCUUACUGCAGUUCUAGAUAAAUACUGCUUAUUCUGGGGGCUGUUUUUAGUCAGGUUUUCACUUGAUCUGAAUAAUAUUUGCAGAAUAACUUAAAAGAACUUGGGAUAUAGUUUCUACUUUUUAUUAUUGUUUCUUAAGAAUGUUUUUAUUGCAUUUGAAAAUUUCAAAAUUGAAUUAAACUUGGAAAAGAACAAAUGAAUUUACGGAGUACAAGAAGAAGCAGAAGAAUAAAAUGUUUAGCUCAGGAUUUGUCCCUUAUAUACUUUAGAUACUCUGCUGGAAAUACCACUAUGGCACAUUGUUUAAAAACUAUGAAUUUGGUUUCUUAAAUUUAUUCUGUACUAUAAAAACAUUUUUUAAAGGGGUUGGCAAUCUGAAAUACCACAAGCCAUAGUUUUUUUAUCAGUUCAAAAAUAAAAGUUGACCCAACAGCCUAUUUUAGUCUAGGGAUUGCAUUUAAAUGGUGAUCUUAGCUAGUCAGUGCUACAAUGAAUUGUCUUUGGGAGACACCGAUUCUGACAGUUUGCUUUUAGCUCCUGUUAAAAAGUGUCUACAAUUACAUGCAAAAGGAAGGAUCUUGUACAUGUCUUAUCAAGCUACUCUCCAUGUUUUGGACAAUUUAUGUAUCUAAAACGUGGUGUUGUCUGUGUUAUAUAAUUUUGUUUUGGUUUUUUUUUUCUUUUUUGGCCAGGAGACCCAAGAUUGGUUUUGCUUGAUAGCUUGAUAGCUUGAAAUUCCAUAGUGGAGAGGAUUCUUAUUGUUUGAUCAGUCUUUUCUACGUAUUUCUGUGGUGCCCAUCACUUCAGUGUCUGUGCACCAAGUCUUUAGCUCUGCCAGUGAGAUCCAUUAUUCAGCAAAAUCUACGCCAGUAUGUAAAUGCAGUCAAGUGAUGGAGAUUUGUGUAUUUUAUAAAUGAUUUUAACACUGAGUAACCAAUUGUACAAUUCAUUGUAUGUUUCUGAAGACAUAAAAACCACAACAUUCUGAGAAAGGGCUGUGCCAAUGUAAGAGGAAUUUACCUUAAGGCUCUCUGUCACUAGUGAUUUACUAGCUUUAGCUGUUUAACACAUUAUCUGUAUUUAGUAGUGAUUAUUUAUUUACCACUCUGAGGUAAUUCAGAAUUCAUGACUCACAGCUUUAUAGAAGAGUUUAGGAAAUCUUGCUUUUAUUUAAUUUGUCUUUCAACUGCCUUGUUUUGUAGAACUCUGGCAUACUGCUUCCCAGUAUAAGAUUAUCCCAUGUUAAAAAAUUUAUUUCACAAUUUCGAAUGGAUACAUAAUGAACCAGUAAACCAGCAGAGCUUAUACGAUGUGAGUUUUGCUGGUUCAGUCAAAAUUAACAUGAUUGUGUGUGAAGGACACACUGCACACAAAAGAUUUUAAAGUGUUUUUUUCUCCAUGGUAUCUCUACUAUCACUUUUGGAGAAAGAGGCAGGAAUGAAAGAUAAAGUUUAUGAGUUAUUUCUCUCAUUUUUUACACACAUGCUUUAUAAGACUGGAAGGAAAUAUCUGUCACAAGAGUAUAAAAGGAAAGUUAGAGUUAAAGGAGGCAAGUAAAGCAACUAAUAAAUUUGUACUGUACACUGUGAAUAGUGAAUAAGGCAUUCUGUAUCUUUUUUUUAAUUAAAAAAGCCAGCAAUUGGGAGUUCCUUAUACAAUUGGCAUAUUUAUCAGGAAACAGAUUCUCCUGAACUGUGAUUUGCCACUUAAGGAUAGAGGUUUCCUAAUCCAAAUUACCCCUAGAAGUCAAACUUUGUUCAUAGUGGAGCAAGAUGCACCAUUCAAACAAGCUUUCAUGUUGCUUGCUGUCAAAUGGAAAGGAAAUUGCUGAGGUCAAGGAGGAGUCUGAAGCCUAGCGUAACAUACAUCCACUCAUUAUUGUUUAAUUGCUUUCUUUUGACAUCAGGCAGCAGUUAUUAUUGCAUUAAUUUAAAUGGGAGUUUUGGCUAUCAAGAUUUGUUGACUUGAAGUGUAAUUGAAUGAAAUCUGAUUAAGGUUUUGACUUCUCUGGCCCAAUUGUGAUACAGGUUGGCAUUCUCAUUUAUCAGCCCCUGUCUCCCCAUAUGGCUCAAAGUUGCACCAAUGACUGGUGAAUGACACAAAAAAACCAAACAAAAGCAGCAUACAUUGUAUGGAUUUUCUCAACCGCUAUUGUUUAAUGGCUGUGUUUAAUGUGACCUAUCUGGAAAAUGAGGACUACGAAUAAAAAGCGAUUACUAAUAGUGGUGUUGCCUGCUUUUGCAUUCAUUAACACAGAAGAAAUGUGUUAAACACUGCAUACCACAGGGAGCCUGAUGGUAAUUACUUUGGAAAAGCAACUUGUGGCAAUGCGGCUGUUAGAGCUAGUUAUCAGUUUGCCAAAAAAAUGACAGUUCCUGCUUCAUUUAUUAGAAAUGUGUAACCGUUUUCUCUCAACAGGAAAGUGGAGAAAAGUUUUCAUCAAGCUGGGUAGGUUUAUCUUUUAAGCAGCUGAUGCACUGACUCCCUACAGGCUGUUAUUUGCUCAUAGAAACAUGGAGCUGAAUAAAGGAUAUUUUGGUUUAGUACACUGGUGUGAGUUCACCAGAAACAUUAUAAAUGGGGUGGGGCUGUAAGUUCUUACAGAUUGUCAACCUAGCAGGAGAGAUCAAAACACUGCUUGAGUAUAGAAGUGGAGGACAACCUGAAGAAUGCAAGGAAUUGGUUUUUGCUUUUUAACUUUUUAAUUGUGUCUUUCUUAGGAGUGUGAGUAAUUUUUUUCAUGUUGCUGUAAACAAUGACAAAUUGCUGGGAAAAAUAUUACUCAGUCCUAUGUUUGGUUUUAUGAGUUUGUUGUUAUAAUUUACCACUUUCAUUAACCUCUUUUGUUUAGUCAGGUUUUGAUGUAUUAUGAUCAGAUUUUGAUGCAUUAUGAUCAAUCCCUCAAAAUGUGUGUCCCUCUCUGUCUGCUUCUGUGUGACUGUAGCAAUGACAUACCCAAUAGUGUAAAGCCUGUAAACCAGAACUUUUCGGUUGUUUUCUUUUUCAGUGGGGAGUUUUUUGAGUUUUGUUUGUUUUGUUGUUUUUUAAAAGUAAUUAAGUAUAUAGGCAUUGCUUUUGACAGCUAAAUAGAAUUUCAGUUUGUUCAGAACACUACAGGUAUUAUAAAGGUGUGUGCUAUUCCUGCAGACAGAAUUACUUUAUAGCCAUUUCAUAUUUUUUUGCAAGUCUCCUCUCCAGAAACAAAACCAGCCUGCAUCUAGUUAGCUGCCCAUCUCAGGCACUGAAACCCAACAAGGUUAUCUCCCCUUUUUCUGGCUACAUAUAUCUGCCUUUCUACAGGCUAAUUUCUAAAUUCUAGCAAGUCUCUGUCUGUGCAGAGUCCUGACAGAAUGUACCUUAUGCUCCUAAUGACCUCACUGGACAUGGGAUGUUACUUUUACUGUCUUCAACUGUAUGUGAUUCAGAGCUUGGCUGGAUCCACAGUAUAUGGAUGAACAAGUCAUAAACCAUCCUGGCUUUUCUUUACCCAGAACACAGUCAUUGAUUUCUCAUUUGGAAAGUGGCCAGUCCGUCAAACCGAGAUUCUCAGAUCUCCUUUAAGCCAACCACGUAUUACUGCUUCAGGGUGCUCACUCAUGGGAUAAAUACCCUAUCCUUAUCCUUUAUUGAGUCUAAGACAUGAAGGCAGCUGAAAGCUUAUUUCUUCAGUUAGUAAUGUUUCCCUAAAAAAUGAAAUUUCUCCAGUAGAAAGGACAACUGUCUGCUGUACGCAUAGUCUGAUUUGUGAAAGGUCACCUUAGUUUCAGUAGUGCAUGAAGAAAUGGAUCAGGGAAUUAAUGAGCCAUCUAAGAAUUUUCCAAGAUGCAUACUCCAUAAUGCAUAUGUUAUGAUUCAGGGAAAAGAGCACAGCAUCUUUGUUAUUUAUUGUUGAUGGUUCCCGAUAAUGCCUGGCUUAUGAAAACAUUUAGUUCAAAUUUUGGGGAAACGUUUUUCUCUGUCUGGGACACAAAUUAUUUCUAAUAUUUUUUUUAAGAAGAUUUUUUUCCUAAACACAGAGUAGUCAUAUAUUGGGCCCUUUGUUACUUUGUGAAAAUGGUGUUCUGAUAUGGUUUCCCCCUUUAGGUUCUUAACAUUUGAGAUAAUACCUUUGAUUUGGGCAAGACUCGAAAAUGUCUGAAAACAUUCUGAAAUUUAUCUUGGUAAGAGGUAAUAGUAUAGGACUAGCUUGAAACAUAGAUGAUUGGGCAGCAGAUUCAGAUAUUGAUUACGGAGGAAAGGAAUAAUGAAAAUUCCAUUUCUAUAAACAUAUUUUAUUUGAUACUUUGAAUACUAACUCUAUGGAAAUUUUAUUAUAGUGCACCUACUGAACUACUACCAAAGAACUAGGGGAAGAGUUGGCCAGUAAUCCUCAGUAUUUUCCAAAUUAAAAGCAACACUGAAGUUGUAUCUGGAAAUCAAUUGAUUGCUCUAGCAGUAUAGAAAUGUCAGCAACAAGAAAUACUUCUUAACAAAUUUGCAAUUACAUUUUGCGACACCUGUACAUUUUCCAUCUUUGUGAGGGCAGUCACACACAGCCACACAGUCUUUUCAAUGGUUUGAUUUGAGAGCUAUAAAAAUGGAUCACUAGACUGGUAUCAGCAUUGAAAUAAAAACACCAUAGGUGUCUGACCAUCAGGAAAUUGCAUCUAUUUCUGUUAUUACUGUCUACAGGAUAAUGUUCCAUGCAUAUAUUUUUUAAGCAUUUUACAACAGGCAUCAAUUAUGAUGCUGCAUACAGUAAUGAUUUCUACAAGUGACCCUCUUAGUCACCACUGCUUUCUUUUUAUAUGUCAAUUUAAAAUUCUUUACACUGAAAAUUUAUCCAAUAUAGA